UAUUAUUGAAUUAAUAAGAAAUUUUCCUAUGUUUUAUUUGACAAAUGAUGAUGUUUCUUUUAUUUCUUUAAUUAUGUUACAAUAGUGAAAGAUGGACGGAAAUCUCAGUCGUUAAAAAAAGCGUGUUGUUUCGAUGAAUAUCUUAAAGGAAUAUGCUUAAAAUCAAGAAACAUUAAGGAUACUAUAAAUUGUCGUAUGCAGAUGUAGACAUGGCCAGCAAUGAAUCCAGUGUUCGAGUUGCAGUCAGAAUCCGGCCACAAACCCCAGGCGAGGUGGUGGACGGAUGCGGGGUAUGUGCGCGUGCGGGUGGUGCCGCGGGUGAAGGCGGCGUGGCGCUGGGCGCCGAGCGAGGCUUCACCUUCGACUACGCCUUCGAACCCAGCGCGCCGCAGGAGACCGUCUACGAGACCUGUGUCAGGAAGUUGGUGGAAGCCGCGCUCGAUGGAUACAAUGCUACCGUGCUCGCUUAUGGACAGACAGGUUCCGGUAAGACGUAUACUAUGGGCAGCGGGUGGGAGGGCGAGGGGGAUGGUGACGAAACGCGACGCGGCAUCAUCCCGCGCGCCAUACGCGAUCUGUUCGCGGGCGCUGAGCAGCGAGCAGAGGCGGCGCGAGCGCAGGGACAACUACCUCCAGAGUUUUCAGUGCAGGCGCAGUUCAUAGAACUAUACAAUGAGGAUAUUGUGGAUCUACUCGAUCCUGCCAAAGAUCCCUUCGCUAAGGGAGCACUUAGGAUAACAGAAGACGGUUGCGGUGGUGUGAAAGUGGUAGGAGCAUCAAUGCGAGCAGUACGAGGCGUCAGGGAUGCGUUAGGAGCACUGCACGCGGGCGCGUUAGCCAGAACCACCGCGGCCACCAACAUGAACUCCUCGUCAUCAAGAUCUCAUGCAGUAUUCACACUGUUGCUACGACAACGACGAUUGGCCACGGAUCAGGAUACAGUGGACAAGGAGGCUGAGGCUGAUGCCCCCGAGCAGUAUGAGACACUCACUGCCAAGUUCCAUUUUGUAGACCUUGCUGGCUCCGAACGACUUAAACGAACAGGUGCAACAGGCGAGCGGGCUCGAGAAGGUAUAUCCAUUAACUGUGGGUUGCUAGCCCUCGGCAAUGUUAUAUCAGCACUUGGAGACAAGUCCAGGAAAGUACUACACGUGCCGUACCGGGACUCCAAACUUACGAGACUAUUGCAAGAUUCUCUCGGCGGUAACAGCAACACAGUGAUGAUAGCUUGCGUGUCGCCAAGUGACCGUGAUUUUAUGGAAACGCUAAACACGCUGAAGUAUGCGAACCGCGCGCGUAACAUCAAGAACCGAUGCGUGGUCAACCAGGACCUCACCUCGCGCACCAUACACCAGCUACGGCAAGAGGUCGCCCGUCUGCAGAUGGAACUUGCUGAAUACAAACAGGGUAAACGGAUAGUAUCAGAGAAUGGUGAGGAAGGGUGGAGCGACGUGGUGCAGGAGAAUGCGAUAUUAACGAGCGAGGUGGAGUCACUGCGGCGGCGUGUGAAAGCGAUGCAGGGUACUAUCGAGCAGUUGUCAGCGAGGAACAGCGAGCUGGUGGCUGAGAAGGCGCUUGGCACUUGGGCGCCCAGGGACGGUAGCCCUGACGCCACAGACUGCUCUCUCACCACACUUGUUCAGGGCUAUGUGACAGAGAUAGAGGACCUGCGCGCGCAGCUGAUGGACGCGAGCGCGCUGUACGAGGCGAGCCGCAAGCGCGAGGCGCGCACGCGGCACGACUCGCACCACGACCCCAACUCCAUACUGGACGACGCCAAGAGGGAACUCUACAAGGAGAAAGAACUAUUGGCUCGUAGCAUGGGCGAGCUGGAGUUCCAACGCAAGCUGGCGACGCAAGUGAGCGAGAGCGGCGAGGGGCGGGAGGGGCGCGAGGGGCGGGAGGCGGCGGCCGAGGGGGAGGGGGAAGAGAACGGGCAGCCCAUCGGCGAGCGGGAGCGCGCGGAGGGCGAGAGCGCCGGGGACUCCGAGCCCUCCGACCACGACGAAGAUGACAGGACCGACGACGAGAGGGACGAGGAAAUCGAAGCGGAGACUGCUGGUCAACGCAUGCUGACGAUGCAGCUGGCGGCGCUGAGCGAGGACAUCGACACGAAGGCGCGGCUGAUCGAGCAGCUGGAGGCGUCGCAGCGGCGGCUGGCGGCGCUGCGGGCGCACUACGAGACGCGCCUCGACACCCUGCACCAUCAGAUCAAGGCCACCGGCGAGGAGCGCGACAAGGUGCUCGCCACGCUGGCCGCGCAAGCGUCGCCCCCCAGCGAGAAGCUGAAGCGCGUGAAGGAGGAGUACGAGCGGCGCGUGUCGGGCAUGGCGCGCGAGCUGCGGCGGCGGCUGCAGCGCGCGCAGGCCGCCACCGCGCACCAGAUACACGCGCUGCGCAGCGACCUGCUCAACCUCAAGCGGGACAAGGUGAAGUUAGUACAACGAAUGCGUACAGAAGCAAAACGACACGCGCAAGCUGAGGCAGCUAGAGCUAAAGAGGUGGCCCAACUGCGUAAAGAAUCUCGUAAGAACGCGAAUCUAAUACGGUCAUUGGAAGCUGAAACUAAGCUUAAGGAACAGGUAUUAAAACGUAAGCAAGAGGAAGUAUCGUUAUUAAGAAGGGGUCAUCGAGACAAACUUAGUAGUAAAGCGGCAGGUAGAAUUCACGAGAGUAGAGGAGGUCGUGCGCGUGUGUCGUGUCGUGAGGCGUGGGCGCGCAUCGAGUGCUGGGUGUCGCGGGCGAGCGCGGCGCGCGCCACGCUGGCCGAGCUGGAGGCCACGCUGGAGGCGCAGCUGCGCCAGCGGGACCGCGCCGCCGCUGAGCCCGCGCCCGGCGCACCCGCCGCGCCCGCCACCACCGCGCUGCUCGCGUACCUGCGCGAGGCCAUCGCAGACACGCAGCACCAGAUCAUGCAGAUCGAGGAGGAGAACGAGGAGACGGAGCUGUGCCGCGUGCUGGAGCAGGUGGGCAGCGCGGAGGCGGGGCGCUACGCGCUGCAGCGGCUGGCGGCGCUGGCGCUCGCGCACGCGCACGACGCCGCGCGCACGCUGCGCUUGCUGCGCGACACGCGCGCACAGCUUGCAGAGAUGGAAGAGAAAAACGACCGUCUAACGAACGCUCUGAAGUCAUCGAAUGCAAACGGCGACCAGAACCUGAACCCGUGGAGCGUGCCGCCGCCCGCGCUCGCCGCGCUCCUCGCACACGUCUCCUCCGGCACCUCCACGCGCUCCGUCUCUCCCUCCGACAGUGCAUUACUAGAGAGGCCGCCGGUAAGUGGGGCGCGAGAGUCGAGCACAGCGCCGGCCUCGCCCCCAGAUGACAACAGCAACUCGCCCUUCCAGCGAAACACGGCGCGACGUGGUUCAGUGCGGCUGCGGGACCUGGGCGUGAUCGGGCGCGACGAGGACCCGAUGUCGCAGUCGCUGGUGGAGCAAGGUCUGACGCCGCUGAACGCGCCGCUGUCGUCCCCGCUGACGUCGCGCCGCGCGCCGCCCGACAGCCCGCGCGCGCUGCGCCGCCAGCACAGCCUCGCCAAGCCCGCCUCCUUGGAGACGAGCGCGGGCCCGGGCGCGCCCGACGGCGUGCAGGCGCUGCUGCUGUCCGGGGAGCAGCUGUACAGCGCCUCGCGCGACUCCGGACUCAAGUGCUGGAGCCUCGCUGACGGCACGCUCACACAUAGCGUGAUGAACGCGCACAAGGGGUGGGUGACGGGCGUGUGCGGGGCGGGCGCGGGGCGCGUGGCGAGCGUGGGGCGCGACCAGACGCUGCGGCUGUGGAGCCCCGCGCUGCGCCCCGCGGCUCACCCCGCGCCGUUGCCCGACGCCCCGCACGCCCUCGCCGCGCACCGCGCCGCCGCGCUCUGCACCGCCGCCAGCGGCGGCGAAGUGCGUGCGUGGCGGAUCGUCGACGACCAGUGACCAGUGACGGUCGCCUCCGCAUCUGGUGCGUGCGGCAGUCCAGGUGACAGCGCGGACCAGACACCAGCCCGCGUCGCGCCUGGCGGUGACACCACGUACCAAUACGGGCAUCUAACACGUUCCAAUUCAUGCAUCUGACGCGUACCAAAACGUACAUCUAAUACUUACCCAUACCUGCAUCUGUCGCAUGCCAAUACAUGCAUUUGACGCAUACCAAUAUGUGCAUUGACGCAUACCAAUACGUACAUCUGAUACGUACCAAUACGUGACGCGUACCAGAACGUGUCCCUGGCCGUGGCAUGUACCAAUUCCUAUAGAGCUGGUGUAUUUUUAAUUUUGAAUUAACUAAGGAAAUUAAAAUGGCGAUUGUCAUUGGUACUAUUAUUCAAAUAUUACAUACUUUUGAUUGAUUACUCGGAGCGUUAAUCAAUUUAAUUAUUUAAUAAAUUUUAAGAAAACGAGCAUUUAGUAUAUGUCAAUUACUAAAAAUUAAAAAUUAAAUAUGAACUGUAUGCCUCUAAAUUGAUUUACUAACUUAACAAUGGUUUGAACCCAUUAAAAUCCUAUAGGAAUUGUUGAAUUUAGAUUUAAUGUGUGAUAGCAAUAAUAGGGAAGCUAUUUUACAAAGCUUUAAUAAUUACUGAAUCAAAUAUUAGCAGCAAAUAAUAUCGAAUAAUUAUAGAAUUUUAACUAAAUAUAUAAGAUAAUGAAAUAAAAGUAGUGCUUUAGUGAAACGGCUUCAAUUUGCAUCAUUAGCUAAUAUAUAAAAACCAGUGUUUUUAUGUUAUUUUCGAUUUUCUUUAAUUAAACCCCUAACAUUGUGAAAU